GGAAGCCAGGACACAGUGAACAGUACACCUGUUGGAUUUCCCAGGCCCUCCUUUUCUCCUUCACUGGUCUGAGAGCACAGGGGAGCUGACAGCUUCAGCAUGGAUCUCAGGGAGGCCAGCGGGAGUGAGAAGGAGAAGGUGAUUAAAAGGAGGAACCGUCCUGUGUUCCUGCGUUACCUGGACAGGAGAAAGACGGACACAAUUGUAGCUGAUGAUAUGGCCAAAGGUGAUAUCAACCUGGGGACACUGGUGAGGAGGAGUCAGUCUGACAAGACGGAGUACAGCGCUAAACUUAAAGAAAAACUGAUGCCACAUGAUUUGCCCGCACUGCCCUCUCCUGUACUGGAACCAGAGGAGGUCCGUUUGAGGAAGAUGAACCGCAGGGCAAAAGUCAUAAAGGAGCUGGUGCAGACUGAGAAGGAUUAUCUCACUGACUUGGAACUGUGCAUCAGAGAAGUGGUUCAGCCUCUGCGAAAUUUUCAGGUUGUAGAUGUGGAUCGACUGUUUACUAACACGGAGACAGUUUGUGAGGUGUCAGCAGCGCUCCUUCACAGACUGCACGAGGCCCUGGCUGACCCUGAUCCAGAGGCAGUUGUUAUAGGGGAAGUAUUCAUCCAGGCAAAGGCAGCUUUAGAAGAUGUAUAUAAAAUUUACUGUUAUCACCAUGAUGAUGCUAACAUGUCACUCAAAUCCUACGAGAAAGAGGAACAAAUAAAGCAACAUUUUACUGCUUGUAUAUCAGAGCUGAAGAAAAUCUAUGAUGAAGAAGGAAAACCUAAUUUGUUGGAUAUGGGCUCAUUGCUCAUUAAACCCGUCCAGAGGAUCAUGAAGUAUCCAUUGCUGCUUGGAGAGCUGUGGCAGGCCACACCUGAAGAUCACCCCGACUACAGGCCACUGCAGGAGGCAUUCACUGCCACUAAGAUCAUAAAUGUCAACAUCAAUGAGUUCAGGAGGCGCAAAGAUAUAGUUAUGAAGUACAAGAGGUUGGAAGAUGAAGGCACGCUGAGGGGCAAACUACACAAGUUCAACAUCCACUCUAUUCGGAAGAAAGGAGACAGAUUUGCUGGUUAUCUCAAGAUCCUUACUGGAGUUGAACCACAGGUGAGAGAUGAAGUUUUUGAUAGAGAGGAGAAGCUUUUCAGGAGUCUGGAGAAAGCUGUGAGGCAGCUGGUCAAGAAUAUUAACUGUUACAUACAGCACACUCAGGAGAUGGUGUCUGUAGCUGUUCAGAAUGUGAAGGACAUGGAAAACAUUAUCAAGGAUCCACUGAAGAUUGACAUAAAUGGUUCAUCUCACAGUAAUGGCAACGAUCCUUACAAGCACUUUAAAGACAGAAUAGAGCGAUUGGUCUUGGCCCCCCUUUACUCCCUGCAGGGCAUGUUCACAGCUCCACAGAAGCUAAUCCAGAAGCGUUACGACAAGCUGCUGGAUUACUGCUGCAGACUGGAGCGCUCAUCCUCUUUUGCAUCCUCAUCAUCCCCCGCUUCUGCCUCCCCUUCACUGGUGUCUGAAGAACCACCUGGUCCUGCCAAAAGAGACUACGAAGCUCUCAAUGCUUUGCUAGUGGAGGAGUUGCAGAGGUUCAACAUGACAGCUUAUACUAUCCUAACCAACAGUGUGGUGUGUCUGGUGGCCUUACUCAGAGGGCUGAUGGGAAAUUGUUUGGUUGGUGCGCCCUCCGUCCAACAGCUACCAGUUCCAUUGUCCAAUAUUGCUGAAGUGCAGAACAGCAUCAUGGAUCAGUUGAACAAUCUUACAUUUGUCAAGGAUAAUGCACAGAAAUUAAUGGAGCGAAAAGUCAGCUUUGAGAGACAACGUGACAAGAAGAUAGCGGUGCCAGAGGUGCAGCAUCAGACCGAGGAACAGCGCGCCUGGUUGCUGGCAGAGUACCCACCAAGUCGACUGUACCAACUGAAGAGAAAGUGUAACGGCUGCCAAGAGCAGGAUCUUAGCCUGUUGGAGGGGGAGCUGGUGGCCCUGCUGGAGGACACAGACCCAUUAGGCAGUAGCAGUCGCUGGUUGGUGUACACUGGAGGUAUACAAGGCUACGUCUACUCCACAUUCCUGAAGCAGUACAACCCUCUGAGGGACUCGCAGCGGGCAGGCCAGAUGGCUAAAGAGCAGCAACAGCAGCAGCAACCUGCCAUGGUGGAUGAGGACUUUGAUGACCUCAGUCUGUUCAUCUCAGGAAGUGGCAGCAGCAGCCUGCGUAGCUUCAACCUCAACACCACAGACAGCAGCUCAACCCUCUCUGGUUUGCAGGGAGAUUUGGAGAGUGCUGAAGGCCCGGAAGAGUCAGUGGAUGCAGAAGCUCAACAGUUUUAUGCCGUGUAUGCAUUUCAAGCCCGCUGUGACCAGGAGCUGACUUUGCAGGAGUACCAGCAUGUCAAUAUCCUCCAGUUUUGUGACCUGGGAGGCAAUAAAGAGUGGUGGUUAGCAGAGGCUAAUGGACAAAAAGGAUAUGUGCCUGCAAACUACCUUGGCAGAAUGUCCUAUGCAUAAACAGGCUGUCUUUGAUGUUGUUUAGAUUUUUUUUAAGGAAAAAAAAUCAAAAACAAAAAAUAAUUAUUUAUCCCUUUAACUUGAUUUAGAAGAGAUAACCUAAGAACAGCUGAAAUUGAGUUUAUUUUUUCAACAGGUAAAUUUUAACUUGAUACCUACAGUGUUGUUUUUACAGAAACUUGGCAACCAAUAUAAACUCUUUUAGAACCUCAGAGUGUCUGGAAAAUAAAGCAAAUGCUAUAGUUUUAAAUGUUUCCCCAAUCAUUCUUAAUAUACCGUAUGAUGUCAUUCAAACCACAUUCAGGAAAAACACCAUCUUUGUUUUUCCUUUUAUCAUUUCAUGAGCUAAAUGCUUCAGUGGGUGGGUCUGAACUGAAAACAGACCAGUUCACCAUCGGGACUCGUACCAAUGCAGCUGUGCUGCAGUUUGACAUCGUGCUGAAACAAGAAAGACUUUCCCUGACAGAUGGCAGCACAUAUUGCUCUAAAACCUCUAUGUUAUCCUGAAUUAUGGAGCCUAAUGAAAUCUUAAAAUACCCCUAAUUCUUAGAAAUUUACAUGAAGAAAAAUUUGAAACAUUCUUAAAUAUUCAAAUUGGGUAUAGAGGUUAACAGAUGUAGCCUCUGUUUUUUUUUUCUUUUAAAAACAACCAAUCAAGUUACCCCCUUAAUGCUAAUGAAUUUAAUUAGUUGACAAGUGCUCCACCAAG